CAGGUUUACACGGCCUAACCGGACAUAUCGAGUUCAACGAAGGGAAGCGUAAUAACUUCAAACUCGACCUGCUGAAACUGAAGAAGGAGGAGCUGGUGAAGGUGGGCGAGUGGAAACCCGGAUCGGGCGUUAACGUGACCGACGUUGGUGCUUUUUACGAGACCACCGCCACUAAUAUCACCCUGGUCGUUAUGACGAGAGAGGAAAAACCGUACGUCAUGGUAAAGGAAGACAAGAAUCUGACGGGAAACGCAAGGUUCGAGGGGUUCUGCAUCGACUUGCUGAAAUGGAUCGCAGGUCAGGUCGGGUUCCAAUAUGCCAUACGACUAGUCCCCGAUCAUAUGUAUGGCGUUUACGACCCGAAAACUAAGGAAUGGAACGGCAUCGUCAGAGAACUCAUGGAAAAGAGAGCGGACCUGGCUGUUGCGUCUAUGACGAUCAAUUACGCUCGGGAGAGCGUGAUAGAUUUCACCAAGCCGUUCAUGAAUCUCGGUAUCGGAAUUCUGUUUAAGGUGCCCUCCAGCCAGCCAACGCGGUUGUUCUCCUUCAUGAACCCGCUGGCCGUGGAGAUCUGGCUGUACGUGCUGGCCGCGUACAUGCUGGUGAGCUUCACCCUCUUCGUUAUGGCUCGAUUCAGCCCGUACGAGUGGAACAAUCCACACCCGUGUCUGGCAGAGAGCGACAUCGUCGAGAACCAGUUUAGCGUCAGCAACAGCUUCUGGUUUAUCACUGGCACGUUCCUCAGACAGGGCAGCGGGCUCAACCCCAAGGCAACCAGCACGAGAAUUGUUGGCGGAAUCUGGUGGUUCUUCACGUUAAUCAUCAUCUCCUCUUACACGGCGAACUUGGCUGCCUUCCUCACUGUCGAGAGGAUGAUCACGCCGAUCGAGAACGCGGCAGAUCUCGCGGAACAAACGCAGAUUUCCUAUGGAACUUUAGAGGGUGGAAGUACGAUGACGUUCUUCAGAGACUCGAAGAUUGGAAUAUACAAAAAGAUGUGGGAGUUCAUGGAAACGAAAUCGCCAUCGGUAUUCGUGAAAAGCUACGAGGACGGAGUGAAAAGAGUGCUCGAGGGUGACUACGCUUUCCUGAUGGAAUCCACCAUGCUCGAUUACGCUGUGCAACGAGAUUGCAACCUCACGCAAAUCGGCGGCCUGUUGGACAGCAAAGGUUACGGGAUUGCCACUCCGAAAGGCUCGCCCUGGAGGGAUAAAAUAUCUCUGGCGAUUCUCGAGCUGCAGGAGAAGGGCGUGAUCCAGAUUCUAUACGAUAAAUGGUGGAAAAAUACCGGAGAUGUGUGCAACCGGGACGAGAAGAGCAAGGAGAGCAAAGCAAACGCGCUGGGAGUCGAAAAUAUCGGUGGUGUCUUUGUCGUGCUGGUUUGCGGGUUGGCCCUGGCUAUCCUCGUCGCAGUCCUCGAGUUCUGCUGGAACUCCAAGAAGAACGCCCAAUCGGACAGGUCCCUGUGCGCCGAGAUGGCCUCGGAAUUGCGGUUUGCCGUGCGGUGCGGCUCGCGGCAGAGGCCAGCCGCGAAGGCGCGCAAUUCCGACGCCGCGGUGCCGUGCGACCGUUGCAGCCCGCGUGCCACCAGGAGGAGAACGCGAUAUUGUUCAACCGGCCACGAAGAGACUACCUACAUUCCGAGCAUCGAGAUACCACGGUUAAAUGCAGGAGGGUGGUGCGUUGUCGAUGACGGAGAUGAAGAAAUCAUUGAGCUUCGAUCAAGUGGGAGCGGCCCGUGGCGGGAACACCUAGCACAGGCCUCAUCCUCAUCUUCAUCCUCAGCAGCAGCAACAGCAACAACAGCAACCACCACCGUGCAAAGCCACGCCCACGCACACACGUCACACACACUGCCACUCACAUUCACACAGCCACAGUCACAGUCAUACGCACAAGCACCAACCACCCCCACCGAGGCAGAGACGGGGCUCUUCAAGCAUCGUCUUGGGUCAAGGAGGUGACCAUCCUGAGAGUAUUCUCUGGAGAUUCGACUGCGACCUGGCGGGUGAACCAGACAAUAUCGCCGCCACCGCCACCGCCUCCGCCCUCGGCGGCAGUAUCGAGGACCACGACCCUUUGACCAAUACUCGAAGAGGUG